AUGGAAACAAGGCAGCAGCAUCCGAUUCGGCCUAGCUCUAGCCUGCUGGAGGCGCUGGUGUCGCGCUACAACUUGGCAACACUGGUGCUGAAGCUCUACCCGGACGAGAUGGGCUACUCGGUCUGCUGCCACAAGACCAGCGACGGCCGCCUUGUCGAAACCACCAAGCUGCCUUACUCCGAACAACAACUCUUAGAUUAUAUAGAUAAUGAAGAACUGCCCCCGAUAUUAACGGAUUGUUUAGAGCAGACGCACUCGAAUUUGUUUUAUAGUGGCUGUGUUAUUGUACAGAUACAAGACUUGAAACAUCCAACAAAUAAUGCUCACUGUGAUAGAUAUGUUUUACUGCGACCUUCCACUCAGAGCGUAAUAAACGACGUGAACCUGUUGACGGCGAAGAACGAGUGGUCGGCGGACGAGGCGCUAUUGGCCGAGAGCCAGGUGGUGCUAGCCACUCAGGGCCCGCUGUGCCUUGAACCCGCGCCCUCGCUGGCGUUUGCCGUCAACGGAUUGCAGGUGAGGUCGCUGCCACCGACUGAGCUUCGCGCAUCGGCUCUGCGCAUCGACCGCAAGCGACGUCGGCUGCAGGAGUUGGAGACGAUCAGUGUCGGGCCGACCACGCAGCUGGCAAGGUGGCUCAAGGCGAGGCGAGGGGCUCGUGCUGCUGCUGCGACGGCGAAAGCAACGCGGGAGGCUGGUGUUGGAGCGGCGGCGGUUAGGAUACAGGAUGUGGAGCUAGGCACCCCCGACCUGAGCAAGGCUAGGUCGUUCGACUACCCCAUCCUGACACUGGACUUCACGCCCGUGCUGCUAGAGGAGUACAUCCUCGAGGCUGUCCAAGAAAACAAGACUGUUUACCGCGCUAGAUUAUCGUUAUUCCAAAGGCUGUCUAACUGUGAAUUUAUCGGACAAUUGUAUAUAGAUAGGGAUUACACGGAGGGUGGAAAGAAUGGAACUUCGUCUAGUUUUAGUUUAGCAUCGCGCGUGCACUUUGACAAAUUCGUGCAGAACUACUUAGAAUCGUUCACGAAAGAAGUGCGCAAACCAGUGAGAAUCACGCAUAAGCUGCCCAACCAACCACCUCGUGUCAUGUGCAUGCGAACAAAGGAGCGGGAGGCAAAGAGAGCAGCAGCUGCUGCCGCACAACAACAACAACUCCAGCAACAGCAGCAGCAGCAACAACAGCUGCAACAGUUGAGGCAUCAGCUGGUGCAACAACAGUUGCAACAACAAUUGCAACAGCAGCAGCAGCAACAGCAACAACAGUUGCAACAGCAGCAGCAACAGUUGCAACAGCAACAGCAGUUACAACAGCAGCAGCAGCAACAACAACAACAACAGAGGCAACAGCAACAGUUGUUGCAGCAGGUGUUGCAACAGGUGGUUAGGAAACAGCAGCAGCAACAACAACAGCAGGUGAAAAACGAUACAGCAACCAGUAUGCAGAACAUUACGUUGAACGGUCUGUUGAACGGAACGUGCAGUGAUAUGGUGGUGGGAGUGGGAGGGGGAACUGAGCCCCAACACACUGUGCUAAUACAGCAGGCACCUCCCACCCCUACACCUCCUCCUCCUCAGCAUCCCCUCACCCUAGCUCACCCCCAACAACAGCAGCAGCAGCAGCAGCAGAAUGCGCAGGCUCAGUUCGCUGUCAAGCCCAGUAAACCGACUGUGUCGACGGACCCCGCGAUCAUUGCGAUAGCUCAAGACUUUGAGAACUGUGCUGAACAGUUCGAAAGAGCCGUGGCGGCAGCCAACUCAGCAGCGGCGGCAAAUUCAAAUUCCAACAUGGCCGCCGCCGUCAACAUCAACAACGACACGCUGCACUCACUGCUCACUGCGACAACCGACAACAACCCGGCGAGCGUAGUGAGUCUGAACAACAACCACUCCACCACCAACAACAACACGCUGAUAGGUGCUACAAUUACGAACAAUAGUAACACAACAACGCUGCAGAGUUUGUUGAAGAGUCCUAGCAGUAACCAUAUUAGUAUGAACAGUUUGAGUGGGUUGUUGAGUGAUAGUAGAUAUAGUUUACAGCAGCCGCAGAGGAAAGUACAGGUGGGGGGAGGGGCGUCGCAACUUGUGAGGUUAUCAAUUUCGCCGCUAGUGAAUCAUUUGAAUUCGCCGCCGUUAAUACAACAGCAGCCGGUUGGUAGACCUGUUGUGAACAGUGGUGUGACGACGCAGGUUGGCCGGCCUGUAGUGCGCAGGGUGGGGGUCGGGGUAGGUGUGGGAGUGGGGGGGAAAGUGCGGCCGCAAACGCCGGUGGUGACAACGGUGUCCAGUCUCAGUCAGUCGAUGCCUGGGUUGACGGGAUUGUUGCAAGGUUCACCAUCGGCAGAUAACCCAAUGCCGAACAACUCAACUAGUGCGACGAUUUUCGACCGCCUGACUGCCACGCCUUAUGUGGCCUCACCCCAGCACCCUCACCCUCCCACUUGGCUCCCCCCUCGCCCUCUAGUCCCAACGCAAACGCCAACACACCUACCUCCAUUAGUUUCAACAUUGCCACGUUACAAACGAAUAAUCCUGCCGCCAUUAGUGCUUUAGCCCAUAAUGUACGCAAUUCCAAACAAUACCAGUUACAACCUCAUCAACAAACCGUGAACUCUCCGUUAGACAGUCACUCGCUGGCGAGCAACGGCUCCGUGAGUUGUGGCAGCUCAGUGUUACACGAUCGCCUCUCUACCCCUCCCAACCCGGCACCUCCCUACCCCUCCUCUCCAUCACCCUCCUCCUCUUCCCCCUCAGUGGCUGUCCCCUCUCCCUCGCCCUCAGCCACGCCCACCAUCAACUUCAACCUGGCCACGUUUCAGACCACGGACAGUUCGCCCAAAAUUAUAAUGCCGAUUCCUGGCCUAGCAAUCCCGCUCAAUGUAUCCGCUUCGCCAAACGUUGUCACGUCGUUACCUGUUUCUGCUACAACGCUCACCGCCAAUAUGGCAAACGCUGGUAUUGCAACAGUAGCAGUCAGCAAUACAGAUCCAACUGCCACAGUUGUCUUUCCUAACUCAACUCCUGCUCAAAUUUUGGCUCCAGCCUCGAAAGGUGCUAACCUUAGGACAACUGCUGCCGGCACUGCCUGUAUACUGGGUGGCCAACCUAUCCAGGUGGUGGGCACAUUCCAGCGCCAGCGCACCCUGGUGAGUGCCGCAGCCAAGCAGCCGCAGUCGCAUGCGGUUGCGUCACGUGGCCUCAUCAGUGCGGCCGCAGCCC